AUGAUCGAAGAAACACGAGUUUUUCCAACUAAUGGAUCACAAUUUAUGAUUAAAAGUCGUUUAAACUCGGCGGAAAAAAGUUUUAUGCUUUUGAAAAAAAAAUCCGACAUUUUGUUGAUACAUUUUAAAGAGAUAUUAAUAGAAUUAUUCGAAAAGAAGUCUUUAUUAAAAGAGGUUAUGAGGGAAGCUUCCUUUUCAUUGGCCGAAGUUAAUUAUAUCACUGGUAAUAUAAACAAUUUAAUAUUGCAAUCGGCAAAUAAAGCUACAAUUAAAAUAUUAACACGAAAAACGAUCAUUAUGGGUGUUAAUAUACAAACUUAUGAAUAUUAUGAAGAAGGUUUAGAUCCUUUUCUUUAUAUUGGUUUAGCCAGAGGAAGACAACAGGUGAUGAAGGUAAAAAAUAAUUAUCGAAAAGCAUUAGAGCUUUUAAUUAAAUUAGCAUCCUUACAAUCUAGUUUUUUAACAUUGGAGAAACAUAUAAAAGUAACUCAUCGUCGUGUUAACGUACUACGUUAUAUUAUCAUUCCACGAUUAAAAUCUAUGCUGGUAUAUAUAAUCAGUGAAUUAGAUGAACGCGAGAGAGAGGAAAUUUAUAGAUUGAAAAAAGCACAAACUCGUAGAAGGAUAACUUUAAAAAUAAUAAAAAAAUUUUCACCGAUCCAAGAUGUAAACGUAAUAUUAGACGAUAUUGAUCAAGAUCUACUCUUUUAA